UGAAUAUGGUUUCACCAACAUAAGGAAAAAAAUUAACAAAAUUGACAAAAGUGAGCUGUCAUUUUUCUGUUCUCAUCGAAAUCAAUCUAUGUUGAUUUUCUAAAAAAAAAGUAAUAUUACUAGAAAAUAUGUUUCGUGCUAAUAAUUUUGACAAAUUACUCGAUAAAGCCACCAGUAGUCUGCGUUUAGACCCCGAUUGGCCGACGAUCUUACAGAUUUGCGAUUUGAUUAGACAAAAUGAUUGCUCGCCAAAGUAUGCAGUCACUGCUGUCAAAAAGAAGCUGUACUCACAAAACCCUCAUCAGGCAAUGUUUGCCUUGCUCACCUUGGAAAGCAUUGUGAAAAAUUGUGGUUCUGGAGUUCAUGACGAAGUAACAUCCAAGGCUUUCUGUGAGAUGCUACGAGAUUUGGUGAAGUCGACACCUCACGAAAAUCUGAAAAGCAAGAUCCUUGAGCUCAUACAAGCCUGGGCAUUCGCUUUCCGAAACUCACCAAAAUACAGGGCUGUGCAGGAUACAGUGAAUAUUUUGAAGGCGGAAGGAUUCAAGUUUCCAACUUUGAAAGAAUCUGAUGCGAUGUUCUCAGCUGAUACUGCACCGGAGUGGGCGGAUGGGGAAGUGUGCCACAGAUGUCGCGUCGCAUUCUCCCUGAUGGUGCGUCGUCACCACUGCCGCGCCUGCGGACAAGUGUUCUGUCAACAGUGUAGCUCCAAGACAUCCACAUUACCUAAAUUUGGUAUUGAGAAGGAGGUUAGGGUGUGCGAUGCUUGUUAUGACAAAGUGAGCCGUCCGCCAAGUUCAUCAGCUAAAUUGGAGAUAGUGGACACCUCCAGUGAUUAUGGACCUACCCAACCACAGAAGCGUCCACCUGGUGGCAAAACUGAAGAGGAACUGAGAGAAGAAGAGGAAUUGCAGUUAGCUCUCGCGCUCAGCCAAUCGGAAGCCGAGCAGAAAGAGAAGGAACGCAAGUCUCGCUCGCACAUUGCGCCAGAUCCCACUCCGCACCAUCCUACAUUGUCUCCGAGUCCGUCUUCAGUGAGCGCUUCACCUGAGCACAGUGCGCAGGCGUCGUCGGAGCUAUCGCGGUACCUCGACCGCAAUUACUGGGAGCAGCGACUGUCGCGAGACACCGCCAACGCGCCCACCGCCCCCGCACCCGCCUCCAUCACAUCUCAGGACACUGACUCUGAAUACAACAAACCAACCAACAGUAAAACUGUUGAAGAGGAUGCGGAAGACAAAGAAAUCGACGAGUUUGUCGAGACCCUUAAAUCGCAGAUUGAAAUAUUUGUCAACAGGAUGAAAAGCAACUCAUCCCGUGGACGAUCCAUCGCUAAUGAUACAUCGGUGCAGACUCUGUUUAUGAACAUUACGGCGAUGCACUCUCGAUUACUGCGCUACAUCCAGCAGCAGGACGACAAACGAGUUUAUUUAGAAAGCUUACAGGAUAAAGUGACUCAAGUGCGAGAUAGUCGCGCCGCAUUGGACACGUUGCGAGCGGAACACGCGGCGAGGCUGGCGGCCCAAGCGGAAGCUGCGGAUAGACAACGGCAAAUGCAAAUGGCGGCCAAAUUGCAAGCGAUGCGGAAGAAGAAACACGAGUAUUUGCAGUACCAGAGACAGCUUGCCUUGCAACGAGUUCAGGAACAAGAAAGAGAAAUGCAGAUGAGGCAAGAACAACAAAAACACCAAUAUAUGAUGUCUGCAAAUAGUGGAUACUUCAUGCCCGGAGUCACCAUGUCUCAAUAUCAGCCUAGUUACCCCAACCAACCCAUGUAUGUCAACCCACAGUUUCACCAGAUGAUACCACAAUCCACCACUGAUGGCUCCAUUCCUAUGCCUGGACAACCCCAAAUGUCUCAAGCCAACAUGCCGAUGAACAUCAACCAGAUGGCUCCAAUAUCAGCUCAGUCUAUGCCACAGAUGACCAACACAUUCGCCAUGACGACAUCCGGUAUGGCCAUUAGCCAAGCUCCAGGGGUGCAAACCAUGAACCAAGGCACCAUAAGGGCGAACCAAUCGCUACCCAUGCAACAACAAAUGCUCAUGCAGCAAAUGCAUCAGAUGAGGAUGCCUGUUCAACCAGGAGUUCAUCAAAUGAUAUCACAGAAUAUGCCAAAUGGUCUCCCAGGGCAGAGCAUGCCUCAGCAAAAUGGACAAAGUAAUAUGCUAAAACAAACCCAACCACAAACUAAUAUGGUGCAGGCCAUACCCGGGCAACAUAACCUAGGUCAGCAGAUGAUGAACCCUAGCAAUCCUAUGCUGAGCAUGCAAAUGCAGAACUUGAGGAUGUCAAUGAUGCCAGGCAACCAGUCUAACCCUAACCAACAAAUGCCUGGGUUCACAAGCUUACAGAAUCAACCAAGCAGCAUGCAACAACAAUCACAGGUAAUGCCCGGACAGCCAAUGUCGUUACCUGGUCAAGCAGCGAUGCCGGGACACACAAUACCAACUCAAGCUCAGAGCAUGACGAUUCCAAAUCACAUUCCUUCUACAAAUCAAAAUGUUCCCUCUCAAGGACCACAAGUGCCUGCAACACACAACCAACAAAUGCCCCAGCAAGCACAGUUACCUGUGGGCCAGCAAUUACCCAUGCUUGGGCCAGGCAUUCAGCCAUCAGGUCAAAUGAUGCACGCUCCACAAAUGAUGGCUCAAGGUCAGAAUAUUCCUCAACAAAACCAGAUGGGUCAAAUGCCACAAGCGACGCUAAACCAACUACCACCUGGCCAACAGGUACAGCCAGGUCAUGGUCAGGUACCGCUACAAAUGCCAGCCGGCAUACCACCAGCGCAGCAAAUUCACCCCCAAAUGUCAUCGCAAGGUAAUGUACCAUCACAACAGUUGCAAAACCCACAGAUGCAUCAAGGUCAAAACAUGCCUCAAGGGCAACCGAUGCCACAAGGUCAACAACUCCCACAAGGACAACAGGUGCCUCAAGGCCAACCAUUACCAGGUCAGAAUAUGGUUCAAGGUCCACCUGGACCUCAACCUAUGAAGAUGCAACCUUCACAAGGCUUCACCAAUGGGCCUCAAGGGCCUCAGCAAGUAUCCAGCCAGCAAGCACAGCAGUCACAGACACCAGUCAAGUCUGAGCAUAAUAACAACACGGCAGAAUUGAUAAGCUUUGACUGAAAUCGUGAGUGUAUAUAUUUUAAUGGAGAGAUCAUUUAUUCAACUGACUGUCAAACUUGCUAUUCUGUAGGUAUGUAAUAAAAAAGAUUCGCAAUAAUUACGCAAGUUAGAAAUUGUGCAAGUUUUAUCAAGAUUUGGAUCUCGUUUAUGACCACGAACGCCGCCACAGAAAGUCCAUUUGACACAAAUUGACACAGGCUUUAUUCCAAACGUGAUAAAAAUUAUAUUGCCAGUAGUGAAUAUAAUAUAUUUUCAAAAUUCGUCCUUCGCGGUCAUAAGCGAGAAGUCAAACCUAAAUAUUUGUCAUGUAUAGGUAAUGUAUUGAGAUUUUUUAAUAUGAUACACGCUUUUAUUGUCGCGAGUGAUUAACGAUUAUUUAAAUACGAUUGUAUUAACAUAUGACUGUAGGUGCAGAUCUAUAUUUAGCUAUCAUCAUCACAAUAUAACGUAUUCGCAUUCUUCAUUUGCAGUAAUCUACUCAUAUAUUUAUUAUUUUGGCACCUCUCUUUUGUCGUUUCAUUGUUUGUUGUCAAAAUGGAAUAUAUAUAAUUAUUUUACGCACAUUUUUAAUAAUAAACAGAUAUUGUUUACAUGUGGGUCACCAAUUGAUAUUGCAAAAAGCGGGUUUGUUUUAUACUUGCAUUUUAUUUAUCAUUUUUCAUAAAUAAAGCAACGGAGGCUUAGUUGAGGAGGCCUUUUUUAGUUAUUGUGUUGUAAUCUAUGUAAAUGCAAAACAUGUAAAAAUUUCGUCGUUCAUAGUUUAUUUAGAUUUUAAUAUAAUAAACGAGAUAUAAAUUAAAAUGUUUUUAUUUUUUUCAUAGCUGAACAAUUGUUACGUUAAUUUUUUAUAAGUUGUA